AUGGCUCCUUCUACUAAGAGAAAGAGAGAUGAGGAGUUUCCUCUCGCAAGAGAAGAUGCAACACAACAACCAGUCGCUUCUUCAUUGGUCAGAACUACCGAGGAAGUAUCAUUCCCAAGAGGUGGUGCUUCUGCAUUAACUCCAUUGGAACUGAAACAAGUAGCAAAUGAAGCUGCCAAUGAUGUUUUAUUUGGUAAUGAUAAGGCUGUCCCAGAGACUUCAAGACCAAAAAAGAAAAAGAAAACUACUAAAAAGGACAAGACUGAAGAUACUGAAAAAUCACAAUCAGAUGUCACUAAGGAAGAAUCUUCUGACAUAAUACAACAUAUUGGUUUCAAAAACUUGAAGGUAGGUUCUUACCUAUUGGGUCAAGUCUCCAACAUAUCUAAAAAUGAUAUCUGCGUUACUUUUCCAGAUGGUAUAUCUGGUUAUGUUAACAUGGCUCACAUUUCGGAACAAUUUACAACUAUGCUAGAAGACAUGGACGAAGAGAUGGAAGAAAAAGAGAACAAGGACGAAUAUGACUCUUCUGAUGAUGAAGCACAAGAUAAAAUUAACGAACUACCAGAUCUACACAACUACUUCAAAAUCGGUCAAUGGUUGAGAUCCUACAUAACAGUCAAUACUGCUCUAGAGACUAGAACUAAAAGAAAUAACAAGAAAAGAAUUGAAUUGUCCGUUGAGCCUAGUAUUGUUAACGCAUUCACCGAAGAAGACUUGGUUAAAAACUGUACUGUUCAAUGUGCUGUCAAGAGUAUCGAAGACCAUGGUGCCAUCUUGGACAUUGGUGUCGAUGGAUUUACCGGUUUUAUCUCUAAAUCAGAUGUUCCAAGUCUAAAAGAUUUGCUACCAGGUACUGUCUUUUUAGGUAACAUUAUUAAAAGAACCGACAGAACUGUUACUGUUAACACUAUUUUAUCGAAUAAGAAAAAUAAAAUCACCCAAAUUUCUGCUGUUGAUGCCGUAUUACCGGGUCAAACUGUCGACCUGUUAUGCGAAGAAGUCUCAGAAAAUGGUAUCAUAGGUAAAGCAUUUGGUUUAGUUCCAGGUUUUAUUGGAUUAUCCCAUCUGAGAGUUUUCAAACAAGAUAGUAUAAAACACAAAUAUGCAGUCGGUUCCAACAUUCAAUGUAGAAUCAUUGCAGCUUUAAUAACAGACGAUUCCGAGAGAACUUUAAUGCUUUCAGUCUUACCUUCAAUCCAAUCACUGGAAACAUCUUUAUCAAGCACUGAAGCUCUAACCGCUUUCCCAGUUGGUUACACAUUUGAAUCCAGCAAAGUUUUGGGGGUUGAUUCGCAAUAUCUUUAUCUUCAAUUAAAUGAUGAUCAUAUUGGUAGAGUUCAUAAGUCAAAUAUCGGUACAUUAGAAUCCAAAGAUAAUCUAAAGGCCAGAGUCCUUGGAUUUGAUUUAGUGGAUAAUGUUUACGAAAUGACUACCAACCCAGAUACUGUCAACUUGAAAUAUUUGAGACCUUCAGAUAUUCCAGUUGGUGAAUUACUAACAGGCUGUGAAAUUAUUAAUGUUUCCAGCUCUGGUAUUGAAUUAAAAAUUUUAAACGGACAAUUUACUGCUAAGGUUCCAUCUCUACAUAUUUCCGAUAUUAGACUUGUAUACCCUGAAAGAAAAUUUAAAAUUGCAUCGAAGGUUAAAGGUAGAGUUCUUGCUGUUGAUCACAGAGGUACAAUAUUCGUCACCUUGAAAAAAUCGUUGGUUAAUAUUGAAGACAAAGAAAUUCCUCUUGUAGUAUCAUACCAAACCGCUGAAGAUAUUAAAUCAAAGAAUGAAAAAACUAUUGCUUCUGUUCAAAAGUUCACGCCUUCUGGUGCCAUUCUAACCUUCUUUGGUGGUAUUACAGGAUUCCUACCAAAUGCUGAAAUUUCAGAAGUUUUCGUUAAGAAGCCAGAGCAACAUCUAAGAUUAGGCCAAACAGUCAGUGUCAAGCUUUUGAAUGUCGAUGGUGAAAACCACAGAAUCCUUGCAUCAUGUAAAAUUUCCAAUCAAAAAGCCCAGGAGCAAAAGGAGAAAAUCCAAGAUAUAAUCCCAGGUAGAACCACAAUGAAGGUUACUGUUAUGGAAAAAACAAAGGAAUCACUCAUUGUUGAAGUCCCAGAACUUGGUUUAAGAGGCGUUAUAUAUGUUGGUCAACUUUCCGAUGAUAGAAUUGAAACGAACAGAGCCGCAAUUAAAAAGGUUAUCGUUGGUUCUGAAUUGGAAGGUUUAGUCAUUGACAAAGAUACCAGAACACACAUUUUCAAUCUUUCAUUAAAAAAGUCAUUAAUAAGAGACGCCAAGAAGAAAAUGCUUCCAUUGACUUACGAAGAUAUUAAGAGGACAGACAAAUCAACUCCUUUACACGGUUACAUAAAGUCCAUAUCAGAUAGAGGAAUUUUUGUAGCAUUCAACGGGAAAUUCGUUGGUUUAGUUCUUCCAAGUUAUGCUGCAGAAAGUAGAGAUAUCGAUAUUUCAAAGAUAUAUUACGUCAAUCAAUCUGUGACAGCACAUAUUCUAAGAAUGGAUGAUGUUAAUAAGAGAUUCCUUCUAACUUUGAGAAAGUCCAAUGAAGAGAAAAAGGCACCUAAAGACGACAAGAAUUUCGAAGCUAUCGAUCCAAUGGUUAAAUCUUUGGAUGAUUUUGUAUUCGGUAAAAUUGUUAAAUGUAAGAUUGUUGGUAUCAAGAAGACUCAAUUAAACGUUGCUUUAGCAGAUAAUAUUCAAGGUAAAAUCGAUGUAUCGGAGGUGUUCGAUGACAUAAACAUGAUCAAGAACAAAAAGGAACCAUUAAAUGUAUUCAAGAAGGAUGAGAUAAUUGAAGCUAGAAUAAUUGGUAGCCAUGAUGCUAAAAGUCAUAAAUUUUUAUCAACUCCAAUCCAAAUUGCUAAGGGUUCAGUGCUAGAAUUAACUAUAAAACCAUCAGCAUUGAAGGCCAAAUCUUACACACCAACAGAAUUAACUAAUGUUAAGAUUAAUGAUGAGCUAGUAGGUUAUGUCAACAAUUACAGGAAUGACAUCCUAUGGUUAACUAUAUCACCAUCUUUGAGUGCAAGAAUUUCUGCAUUUGAUUUGAUUGAAAGUGAAAAAUCUCUACCAGAGAAUAUCGAGCAAUCAUUCCCAAUCGGUUCUGUCAUCCCAAUUAAGGUUGAAGGAAUUGAUUCCGAACACAAUUGUGUGUCCGCUGUAACCGGGCCUCAUAAGGAAAAAACUAUUUCCGAUCUAGUUGUCGGUUCUAAAGUUCCAGCACGUAUUAGUAAGGUAGGUGAUAAUUAUGUACUAUUGGACUUGGGUAAUAAGCUGACUGGUAUCUCUUUUGCAACCGAUGCACUUAACGAUUACUCUGUUUCUCUAAAAGAUACUUUCAAUAAUAAAAUUAACAAGAUGGUCGUAGCUACUAUUGUGUCUGUGGAUAUCGAGAACAAGAAGAUCAAUCUUUCUCUUCGUUCCGACAAUGCAAAGACAAAAUCAAUUACUUCUCAUAAUGAUAUCAAGGAAGGUGAUAUCGUACAAGGUAUCGUAAAGAGAGUAAUGGAUAAAGGUAUUUUCGUUUAUCUAAGUAGUAAGAUCGAUGCUUUUGUUCCAAUUAGUAAAUUAUCCGAUUCUUACUUAAAAGAAUGGAAGAAGUUUUACAGACCAAUGCAACCAGUAGUUGGUAAAGUUGUUCAAUGUGACGAAGAUUCUCGUAUUUUGCUAACAUUAAGAGAAUCUGAAAUUAAUGGUGAAGUACAAGUAUUAAAAAAUUACAAUACUAUUCAAGCAGGUGAUAUUUUCAAUGGUUCCGUUAAGAAUGUUACCGACUUUGGUGUAUUUAUUAAACUUGACAACACUGUUAACUGUAGUGGUUUGGCUCAUAUUUCUGAAAUUUCCGACGAAAGACCAGAAGAUAUCGCUGCUCUAUUUGGUCCAGGUGACAGAGUCAAGGCUGUCGUCAUCAAGACAAAUCCAGAGAAGAAGCAAUUGUCGUUAAGUCUAAAAGCCUCUCAUUUCUCCAAGGGCAACCAAGUUGAAAAGAAAACUGAAAAGGUUGAGGAAGAAGCUGAUGAAGAAAUUCAAUUUACAAAUGAUAUUGACUCUGAUGAUGAUAUGGAUGUUGAUGAAGAGGAGACUAAACCAAAACGUGAUAUUACUACUAUGUCUACUGAUGGUUUAAGUUUGAGUACUGAUUUUGACUGGACUGCCUCUAUCUUAGAUCAAGCUAACGAAGUUGAGUCUGAAUCUGAGUCUGAUGAAGAUUUUACCGAAUCUAAAAAGCACAAGCACAGAAGAAGAAAAGAAAAGAUUGUUGAAGAUAAAACUAUUGAUAUCAAUACAAGAGCUCCAGAAUCUGUUUCUGAUUUCGAACGUUUAAUUAUCGGUAAUCCAAACUCGUCUGUCAUUUGGAUGAACUACAUGGCUUUCCAAUUGCAAUUAAGUGAAAUAGACAAGGCUCGUGAAAUUGCUGAACGUUCCCUAAAGACUAUUAACUUUAGAGAAGAAGCUGAAAAGCUAAAUAUAUGGAUUGCGAUGCUCAAUCUGGAAAAUACCUUUGGUUCUUCUGAGACUUUAGAUGACGUAUUUAAGAGAGCUUGUCAAUACAUGGAUUCUUUCACUAUUCACAAUAAGUUGAUAAGUAUAUACCAAAUGAGUCAAAAAUUAGAUGCUGCUGCCGAAUUAUUCAAAACAACUGCCAAAAAAUUCGGUGCUGAAAAGGUUUCUAUUUGGGUCUCAUGGGGAGAUUUCUUAAUUAGUAACAAGAGAAACGAUGAGGCUGCAUCUGCUUUAAGCAGCGCUUUGAAGGCUUUACCAAAACGUGAUCAUAUUGAAGUUGUUAAGAAAUUUGCUCAACUUGAAUUUUUGAAGGGUGAAUCUGAAAAGGGUCGUUCGUUAUUUGAAGGUUUAAUUUCUGAUGCUUCUAAGAGAAUUGACAUAUGGAACGUUUACAUUGACCAAGAAAUGAAAAUCAAAGAAAAGACCAAGGUUGAGGACUUAUUCGAAAGAGUUAUCUUAAAAAAAUUAAGCAAAAAGCAAGCUAAAUUCUUUUUCAAUAAAUGGUUGAGGUUCGAAGAAGCUAACGAUGAUAUUAAGACUUCUGAUUAUGUCAAGGCUAAGGCUACAGAAUACGUCGAAAAAAACAAUAAAGAUGAAUAA